AAUGUUUCGGAAGGGAACAAACUUUACUAGACUAUGUUUUAAGUCUAAAAUAAGCUAACUGAAGCAAGCAUCAACUGCAAGUAAUACAUUGUGUAAUGUAUUGAAAAUAGCUUUGCGCGCGCCACCGCCCUAUUCCAAGAAGCUCUAGAUUGGCGUUGGUUUCUAUCGCGCCUGGAUCAACCUGUAGGUCCUUGGAACUAAUUUUGUUACUGACUUUCCUUUUUUCGGGAUCCAGUGAGCAUUCCAUGGCAUGUUAUUACUUGGAGAAUGAGUUUAAAACGAGUAGUGUGAUGGAGGGAGAGGACCCAGAAGGAAAUCCCAGCACUGCCUCGUCUCACUCACUUCCUCCCCAAGCAGAGGCGGUAAGCCCAGCGGAUGAGUAUGAUUGUAUCACAACAGGGAGGAACUUUGAAGAGACCGCUACACGCACAAACAGCAUGGGCCAGCCGAGUCAGGACCACCAGAGUGAAGGGGUCCCAGCUAAGACUGCUGCCACAGACAACAACCAGAGUCAGUCUUCCACCACCAUGGACAACCAAGCCCAGCAACAACCCACGGAAAGCCCGUCUAUCACUAAACUAUGUGGGUAUCUCCUUAAACAAGGAGGUCCCCUGAAGUCGUGGAAGUGGCGCUGGUUCACGUACGAGGAGAAGAAGAGCCAGUUGUUUUACUACAGGACGGCGCAGGAUGUGACCUCUUUGGGGAGGAUUGAGCUGUGCAGAGCCACGUUCGGUUACCCCCUCCACGGAGAGCAGGGCACCUUUCACAUCCAGACCCCUGAACGGACCUUCGUCCUCAAGGCAGAUAACCAGGAGGCCAUGAUGUGCUGGCUACAACAGCUGCAGCUGAAGAGAUGGCAGCACCGAGACCAGCUGACAGGAGAAUCCACACGUCACUGCACUGACCACCAGAGACCAGAGGGACAGGGGGAACUACCCACCAGCUGCCCAGAUGACUUCCUGCCCACCAUGAAGACCCCGCCAGGCCUCUUGGGUGAGGAGGCUGCCAAUCUGCCCGCACCGCAACAACGGGCCCCCCUAAGCAACUUCUCCCUCAAACAUCCUCUGAUAGAGAUUCAGAACUCGGUGCACAGUCUUUUUUACAAGCGGUCCUCCCAGGAACUGAGUCGGAGUGUGUUCCAUUUGGAGGCGCCUCCUCCCUGGACCCCCUACCAGACAGCCCAGGACAGGCUUGACCCUAGGACUCCCGUUGACUCCCCGACUCCUACCACCCCGCUGCUGUUGGCAGACCCUGCGGGUGAGCGCUCCCCAGGGGAGGGCAGGUCGUUCACAUGCCCAUCCCCGAGGAUCAGGAGGAAGACGAGGGGCAGCUCUGCCACCAUGCCCGCUGUGCUACGGGGAGCUGCUUCAGACAAGAAUACCCACCUUCAGCAGGAGAAACACAUGCUGGCUGAGGAGGUCAAGGCCCAGAAGGAGCUGGUGUGGCUUCUCCACAAGGCCCUUGAGGCGGCUCAGCUGGAGAAGCGGACCUGCACGGAGUUCCUGGCUGCCGAGUGUGAGCAGGAGCGUCUGGAGCUGUUGAGGCACCGCGAGCGCCAAGCCGCUGACCUGCAGGGUCGUCUGGAGGAGCUGAAGGUCGAGGCGGAGGGUCUGAGGGCGAGCUUGGCCCAAAGGGACGCCCACGUGGCCGAGCUGAAGGAAAACGUCACCCUGAUGAUGGCGAAGAACAACUCCAAACAGGAGGUGAUCCUGAAGCUGUCAGAGCAGGUGGCGGCCUGCAUGACCGACCCAAGACGCACCAUGUCCACCACUAAUGGCCUGGAGGCCCUGACCUUCCACCAGCUGCAGGAGGACACUGAGAACCUCAAGGAUGACAUUGAGGCCUACAAGAUCCAGAACAAGUUCCUAAACUCUGAGAUCUACCAGCUGACCAAGCUAUGGCGCAACAGUUCAGAGCAGGAGAAAAGCCUUAUGGUAAAGUGUGCCUACCUGGAGGCCCGUAACUGUCAGAUAGAGAGUCGUUACCUGGGUGUACUGAGGAAGCUGCAGGAGAGCAAGGCUCUAGAACCGGGCCAGCGGGAGGCUGUGAGGAACCUCAUAGAGGACGCACUGAAAGGAGACCUGAACGACGUCCUCAAACUCAACCCUGUCAGGGAGCACGAUGAGUACGGCUUCAAGAUCAUCCCGGACUAUGAGGUGGAGGACAUGAAGCUGCUGGCCAAGAUCCAGGCCCUGGAGAUCCGCUCCCACAACCUGCUGAGGCAGGAGGCCGGGGUCAAACCCUUGUUGGACCGCUGGGCUCAGUACCUAGGCGGCCGCCCGGCCGAUGACCUCUGCCCCUCCCCGGAGCUCAAAUUCCUGCUGCGGUGUGGCGUGCCACGGGAGUACCGCCCACGGGUGUGGCGCUGGGUGGUAAGGGCACGCACAUGCUCGCUGAGGGAGCGCCACCCGGAUCGCUAUGAGCAGCUGUGCCAGAAGAGCCUUACGUCACCCCACCAAGCCUCCAGACAGAUCCAGUUGGACCUACACCGCACGCUCACCACCAAUCAGCGCUUUUCCUCGCCCUCCAGCCCCACUCUGCAGCAGCUCCAACGAAUUCUGCUAGCUUUCUCCUGGCAAAAUCCCACCAUCGGUUACUGCCAGGGCCUCAACAGGCUGGCAGCCAUAGCUCUCCUGGUGCUAGAGAGUGAGGAGGAUGCCUUCUGGUGUCUAGUAGCUGUGGUGGAGACCAUUAUGCCUCAGGACUACUACACCAAAACACUCAUAGCCUCGCAGGUGGACCAGCGUGUGCUGAAGGACUUCAUGGCGGAGAAAAUGCCCCGACUGACAGCCCACUUUGAGGAGCAUAGUGUGGACGUGUCCCUCAUCACCUUCAGCUGGUUCCUGGUGGUGUUCGUUGAGAGCCUGCCCAGCGACAUCCUCCUGCGGGUGUGGGACGCCUUCCUCUACGAGGGCACCAAGGUGAUAUUUCGGUAUGCCCUGGCUCUGUUCAAGUACAAAGAGGAGGACAUCUUGAACAUCCAUGACAACGUGGAGAUUUACCAAUACCUGCGCUUCUUCACCAAGACCAUCUCUGACGGCAGGAAACUGACCAACAUAGCCUUCAGCGACAUGAACCCGUUCCCCAUGAAGCUGUUGAAGAACCGGCGUGUGCUGCAUCUGGAGCGCCUGCAGGGGGAGCUCAGAGAGCUGGAGGCCCAGCAGAGGGAGUUUGUCACAGAGAGCGCAGAGCGUAAGGACAAGGACCUGGACACUAUACUUGUCAGUGAGGACGAUGAGGACCUGUAGAGACUCUGGACAGAGGGAUGGAUCCUGUGGAACUAAUGGCUCUAAUGGUUUUGGAGUUCUAGACCAUACAGCCAUCUGAUUAAGAAUGGCCCUGCCGGUACAGAGUCUCAAGACCAAUUCUUUACUGUAUGUUAUGGUCAAGAAUACUACCUGACCAACCUCAUUCUCUCUAGAUCAUAUAAUAGAGUGUACAUGCACUGCCAUAGGAAUUAAUGCAAAAUACACAAUGUACACAUUUGCACACUUAAUUUAACUACAGUAUGUAUUUCAACGAGCAUAUGUCACAGAUUUUUAUUUGACAUGUUUCACUCGUUUGCCAAAAGGCACACUCCAGAUUUUGGGUUGCAGCAUAUUUUGUCCAAAUGCAGGAUACUUGUGUGUUACUGUUUUGCAUUUAGUUUACUUUUCCUGUCAUUUGUGUAUCAUAACAAGAUGUCAACUUUAUGUAUAAUGUACAACUACGACAGUCAAUGACAAGUUUACUUUCUCCAAUUUAUUACCUUGAAAAAAAAAAAACGAAUAUACAUAAGAAAUAUAAAAAACAAAACAUUGCCCAAUGUUAAACAACCUUACUGCAGACAUUUCUAAAAGCUACUGUUACACCAGUUAAACUGAUGUUGCCUAUCCAGAACAGUAUCUCUCAUUCCUGUGUGACAAGAAUAGACGUGCAGUUUGUUUCCAAGAACGAAGAAGAGGUCGACUAACAUCUCGAAAAACAGUGGCUUUGUUGCUGAGUAAAGCUAUUGUUCUAUCUGUUAAGUCACGUGGAGCUAAUGCCGUAAUAUUCACACCCUACAAAGAUGGCUCGCCCUGAGGAGCGAGGGAAAAACAUGCAAGUCGUCUAUGGUCCAUCGUUUUGAGUAUAGGUACUGGCUUUUACAAUACUGGCUCUUCCUUCUCAGUAGUAGGGCAUUCUGUCCGCGCUAAUAGAAGCUGACAAAUCAGGCCUUGCGUCUCAGCUAUUCGCAGAGCAGUUUGCUUUACUGUCGUGUAAAGAAAAAGAAACCAGAACACCGUCUGAGGUUCAGUGUCUGAUUUUCCCGUUGUGUGCAUCAACUGGUAACGUUAAGAGUUUGGCAAACAGAAGGGUGUGGGUUAUGACUGGGUGUGUUCAAUGUACAUAUCGGACAAGGCUAAGUGAAACAGUCCCUCGGUCAAAGUCUUGAUCUUCUAUGAUGGACACAUAGUCGUAUGAAAAAGUUUGGGCACACCUCUGAGGCUGCAUAAUAAUUUACUCUGUUAUCACAAAUGAUCAGUGGCAUGCCAUUUUCUAAUAAAAGCUAAGUACUGGGGUAAUGUCCAGACAAAGAUUUUUAGUGUAGUAAUAUUAAGUUAUGACAUUAAAUCAGAUGUGAAAAAUAGGCUAUGCAAAAAUGUAGGCACCCUUGUCAUUCUGUUGAUUUGAAUACCUGUAACUACUCAGCACUGAUUAAUUGGGGUGGCAGGGUAGCCUAGUGGUUAGACCGUUGCACUAGUAACCGGAAGGUUGCAAGUUCAAACCCCCGAGCUGACAAAUCUGUCGUUCUGCCCCUGAACAGGCAGUUAACCCACUGUUCCUAGGCUGUCAUUGAAAAUAAGAAUUUGUGCUUAACUGACUUGCCUAGUAAAAUAAAGGUACAUUUUUUUUUUUUUUUUUUUUUUUAAACACCUUGAUCCUGAAUGUCAGGGAUCUCGGCCCCAGUCUUGUGGUCGGAUGCCAAGCUGUUGCCAUACCAAUUGGUGAUGCAUCCGGUCAACAUGCUCUCAAUGGUAUGCUGUAGAACUUUUGAGGGCAUUGCCGUCCCUCUUCACGACUGUUGGCUUGUUGGUAUGCAAUUGUUGGCUUGUGUGGACCAUGGUAGAUCCUUAGUGAUGUAGACAAUGAGGAACUUGAAGAUCUCGACCCGCUCCACUAAAUAAGAAUUUGUUCUUAGCUGACUUGCCUAGUUAAAUAAAGGUAAAAAUAAUCAAAUAAAAAUUGGAAUAAACACUUUUGGUUUGGUGAGCUCAUUAAGCCUUGAACUUCAUAGACAAGUGCAUCCAAUCAUGAGAAAAGGUAUUUAAGGUGGCCAAUUGCAAGUUGUUGUUCUUUGACUCUCCUCUGAAGAGUGGCAACAUGGGGGCCUCAAAACAACUCUCAAAGGACCUAAAAACAAAGAUUUUUCAACAUUAUGGUUGAGGAAGGCUACAAAAAGCUAUUGCAGAGAUUUAAGCUGUUAGUGUCCACUGUGAGGAAAUGGAAGACCACAGGCACAGUUCUUGUUAAGGCCAGAAGUGGCAGGCCAAGUAAAAUGUUGGAGGCGAAGGAUGAUGAGAACGGUCAAAAACAGCCCACAGACCACCUCCAAAGACCUACAACAUCAUCUUGCUGCAGAUGGUGUCACUGUGCAUCUGUUCAACAAUUCAGCGCACUUUGCACAAGGAGAAGCUGUACGGGAGAGUGAUGCGGAAGAAGCCUUUUCUGCACACACGCCACAAACAUAGUCGCUUGAGGUAUGCAAACGCACAUUUGGACAAGCCAGCUUCAUUUUGGAAUAAGGUGCUGUGGACUGAUGAAACAAAGAUUGAGUUAUUUGGUCAUAACAAGGGACUUUAUGCAUGGCGGAAAAAGAACACAGCGUUCCAAGAAAAACACUUGCUACCCACAGUAAAAUAUGGUGGGGGGCUGUGUGGCCAGUGCCGGUACUGGGAAUCUUGUUAAAGUUGAGGGUCGCAUGGAUUCCACUCAAUAUCAGCAGAUUCUUGGGAAUAAUGUUGAAGAAUCAGUCACAAAGUUGAAGUUACGCCGGGGCUGGAAAUUUAAACAAGACAACGACCCAAAACACUGCUUAAAAUCUACACGGGCAUUUAUGCAGAGGAACAAGUCAAAUGUUCUGGAAUGGCCAUCCCAGUCCCCAGACCUGAAUAUCAUUGAGAAUCUGUGGGAUGAUUUGAAGCGGAGUGUCCAUGCUCGGCAACCAUCAAACCUAACUGGAGAUGUUUUGUAAGGAGGAAUGGUCCAAAAUACCUUCAUCCAGAAACUCAGAGGUUAUGGGAAGCGUCUAGAGGCUGUUAUUUUAGAAAAAGGAGGCUCUACUAAAUAUUGAUGUGAUAUGUCUAUUGGGGUGCCCAAAUUUAUGCACCUGUCUAAUUUUGUUUUGAUGCAUAUUGCACAUUUUCUGUUAAUCCAAUAAACCUCAUUUCACUAC